AUGUCGCCAUCUACAUCCCCCGCCGGCAAGCGCAAGCGCAGCGCCUCCCACCUUCCCGCGCCCGUUCCCAAUAACGUCACAGCCGACCUCCAACCGUCCUCUCGCGACGCGUCCGGCGAAGAAGGCGGCGAGUACUCGACAGGGCCCGCUAAUGCCAACUCCCACAUCACCAAUGGUACCCGCCACCCUUCUAAGCGGGCCCGCAAGGCUGCCGCCGCCGAUGCCGCAAGCCACACCGAGGUGAACGGGGUCAAGUCAGCCAUCAACAAAGAAGACCCCGGCGAGCCAUCUGAGACAACUGUCGCCAGCAGCGACAUUGAGGGUGGGCCUCGGUCGCGCCCCGGCUUACAUAUUGAUUUACCCGAAGAUGAUGAGCCUGUUACAGAGGAGCAAAUGGCGCCCCCGGUCUUUGGGCGCUUGCAGGAUCCCGUGGGCUACCACACUAACCCCCCCCAACGGGCCGCUCAGUACGCGUGUAUGCGGACGGUGUCUUUGAUUUGUUCCAUCUUGGGUAGCCACAUGAGACAGCUCGAGCAGGCCAAGAAGGCUUUCCCCGAUACUUAUCUGAUUGUCGGUGUUACUGGCGACGAGGAGACACACCUGCGCAAGGGUCUGACGGUGCUCAGCGGCGCUGAGCGCGCGGAGACUAUCCGUCACUGCAAGUGGGUCGACGAGGUUAUCCCCUCCUGCCCGUGGGUUGUGACACCGGAGUUCCUGUCUGAGCACCAGAUCGACUACGUUGCCCACGACGAUCUGCCCUACGAGGCCGCUGAGGGUGAUGACAUCUACGGCCCUAUCAAAGAGCAGGGCAAGUUCCUGGUGACCCAGCGUACAGAGGGUGUCAGUACCACUGGUAUCAUCACACGGGUCGUCCGCGACUACGACCAAUACAUCUCUCGUCAAUUCAAGCGCGGCGCCUCCCGCCAAGAACUAAACGUAUCCUGGCUCAAGAAGAACGAGCUCGAGAUCAAGCGUCAUGUCGUCGAGCUGCGUGACAACAUCCGCAACAACUGGACCAUGACCGGCCAGGAGCUCGGCCGUGAAUUGCGCCAGAUCUGGCAGAACAGCCGCCCUAACAGCCCCGCGCCCAGCGCCCGCAACAGCAUGGACUGGGGAAUGCGUGGGCCCCUCACCAGCCCGACAGGUGGCAGCAAGUCGCACCUGUCGCGUGUGGGUGCGGAGCACAACCGCGCAGAUAGCCCCAUGGGCUCACGCCGCAAUGAGGAUUUCGCUACUGGUUACAGUCUCGGAUUGAUCGGAGGUGUGCGUGCUUGGAUGGCCCGCAGCCGCCAAUCCCUCCAGGAACCCCCCAGCGGCAUGCACAGUCCCACCGACGAGGAACUCGAGUCCGAGCACAACAACGGCUACGAGGAGGAGGUGCGUGGCCGUGCUGGUCACCUCUCUGCGCAGUAGAUGACUUGGUUUACUGCCUUUGAAGCCCUAUUGUCCCGACCAAGCUACAAAUUGGGUGGUAAAUAGGCUUGCCAUUCUUGCUGUAGCCGCAAUUUUCCCCCUUCCCCCAACACACCUUCCCUCCUAUUCCUUUGCAUAUGUCUCCAUCUCUUCAUCUUGCAUUCGGUUCGUGUCUUAUACUUUAAAUUGUGCCGUAACUGGCGGUUUUUCCUAUGUCGGGCGCUUGGUGUCUUCUUUCUUCUUCUGUGAAUCGGCUGUAUGCUGGACUUCGCUGGUUCGGCUUCGAUACAGUUUCUUUUUCAUCAUUUGUCUUUUUUGUUCUUGAUCCUUGCUUUGGUUGUGGUUUGGCGGUUUCAACGCUUCUCCUUCCCCUUAAUACUCUUCCAAUGAACUUGUUUCCUGUUUGAUGUCU